UAUAUAUAUUUCAACUUUUAGGGCGGCUGCUAUUUAACACCUUGUAAUACUCGUGGCACAGAUUUUAACACACUGAUCUUAUUACGUUGAGAGUAUAGAGUCUAGGGAUGAACUUAAUGUCAGAUUUCAUUAUUAUAUUGAAUUUAAUACAAACUAAUUAUUAAAUUAAUAAUAUAACCACAACCGCUUUUAUUUUUAACAAAUAAUACUCAAAUAUAAAUCUACAUUGGUAGUUUAGCGCUAAAAACAAGCCGUAGAAAAUGAGGACAGCUGACUUUGAGCUGUCCCCAUUUCCUGGAGAUACUGCCACGACACUACGACAUGGUGCCACUAUCCUAGUCUGUAAGGAAACUGUGUAUUAUAAUUAUUAUUCUUGAUACCUUAAUUAAGAAAAUUAAAAGAUUCACUGAUCCUCAUGGAAAGUGUGUUUUAAACCUGCGAUAGUUGGAAUAUUGCCAUGCUUCAAUGGAAUAUUAUUACUUUAAACUAAUUACAACACUACAAAUCUAUUACAUUUAUUGAGAUGAUGAAUGUAACUAUAAAGAUUAUAGACGGAUCCAAGGGAAAGGUUAACGCAAAAAACAAGAAAAAAAUCUUCCAAAGAACAUGCUACUCAUGUGGAUCACGAGGCCACUUGGCCAAGACAUGCAGGAACGGUCGAAGUCGACAAAGGGGUAACGAAAGUGAAAGAACCUAUUCUAGGUCACGAUCCCCCCACCGCGACCGGACAUCCCCAACAACCCCAACACCACAGAAAUCACAAAGCACAAAGUCAACACCACAAAAUCAACACCAACACCAAAGCACAAAAUCAACACCACCCUACCCAUUACCCUACCCACAUGCACAGUUUCAAGACCCGAAUCCGAAUGUUGUCAUCCGAAAGUUGUCAAGAUCAGAGAUAAGACUUGAACAACAAGUUGUUGUUGGGACGAGGCCCAGGGCCAGGGCAAGAUCAAUAUGAAUUGUUGCUGCUGUGUUAUGGUCAAGUUCGGAGACAACCUGUACAUUUUUUACUUUUUUAGAAGUGUGUGGUGGAGCCAGCUCAACACAGACUGAAACUCCUUGAUUAUAUGGCUGACAAGACAUUUUUCAGGACUUUCUCUGAGUAAAAAAAAAAUUAAAAGGUUGAACGGUUGAGCAGAUACAGGUGGUAUUAAACAAACCCUUAAAAGGUGGAGAUUUAAGGUGGAGACUGGCUCUGGUUGAAGAAACUUUUGAUUAAGGUGGAAAAGGUUAUUGGUAACACAAACUACAUCAAAUUUGCAAUCUGAUAGUUUUAUCAAUAUUUUAUUUAAGUGCUCAACCGAGGUGGAGAAAUUAAAUGCACUUUUCAAAGCUGCUCAACCGGGGGUGGAGAAAGGUUUAGAGAGUUCUAGGUUAGCUAGAAAGUUGCGUCUCGGCCUUUUCUACUUCCCGUUAAAUUUUGUUUUUUCCAUUGACGCUCAACAGGGUGGAGAUCUUUCAUUAGGAAACAGUAAAAAGCCUGUCAAACAUGCCUAAAUUCAUUGGUUUUAUCACUAAUUCUAAUCUGCUCUGUUAACUGCUACUGUAGGGGAUCAUAAAACUGUUACCCCUUCUGUCUUAAAGCAAAGUGUUCUAGCAAAUGAAAAAAUUAUCAAAGUUGUGAAAAGGUACUCAACAAGGUGGAGAAAUUGUUGAUUAAACAUUAAAACAUUAAAAAAUGCAUUAAAACUGGCCCCACUGGGUUGAGUUGAGCUUUGGCAGUUGAUUUUUGGAAGAAAUAACAUUGGGUGACCCUUUAGCAUGUAUACAACUCAUCAAACUAGCCAUCAACCACUCAACCGCGGUGGAGAACCUUGACUUCUGAGGUCAAAUUUACGCCAAAAUUUGCCAAAUUUGAGUCUCCACCUAUGUUGAGUGUACUUUUCAGCAAGGAUGCCUUGUAAUAUGAGUUGGUAGAUGAUUUAGAAUCAUUGGUAUUGCAAAUGGACUGCCACAGUCACUCUACAGCUCCUAAACUACAGAAUAACAGAUUUUGAACUGCAUGUUAUGCUGUCUCCACCUCGGUUGAGCCGAUUCUGAGGAUCCUAUUCUAUGAAAUAUGAUUGGUAUAACCCAUAAUAUUAAAUAUUAGGACUUUGGAGCAAUUAAAAAGCAUGAGAGGGUUAGUUCUAGUCACUUAUAUUAGCUCAUGUAGUCAGUGAGCUGCUCCACCUGUGUUGAGCAGACAAACCUGCUCAACCGGCACUUUUUGAGUACCCACCUGUCUUACUUUAAAUUGUGAAAUUUGGAGUACAUAUUUUUUUCAUAAGUGAUUUACAGCUCCUUUAUUUUUGUAAUUUUCAGGUGGCCACUGUCUCCACCAAGGUUGAGUUAUUUAAAUUUUGAACCCAGAUAUCAUUAUAGAAAGGUUUGGAGUAUAAUAUCUGAAGAGCCUGUACCCCUUGGACUUUCAGAGGAAUUAUAAUUAAUUUUACCGUUUAUGGCAGUGAAAUGAGUGUAAUUAGUGACUGAUUUUAUGUACAGGUUGUCUCCGAA